AUGGUUUGGGGGAGAUGUGGAUCUAGGCUCGUGGCAGCAGCGGCCCUCGCUUUAUUCUAUGGUGGCCAACACCAGGUGUCCGCUACAUACUGCAAUAACACUGUCACCGAGUUUAUCACGUCGAAAUGGACCUAUAUGCAGUUAUCCACUGUCUAUCAGCCGGGGAUAGAGCACACUUACACGACUACUGAGACCUGCUAUGUUACAAUUACUGAGCAUCCUUAUCCGGUUACUGUCACGCAAACGCUAGUCAUCAAUUCAACGCAUACAGAGACCUUACCAAUUACCGUUGUUGAAACUGAGACGGCGACGACAACAGAUUUGAAAACGACAACAGAUUUGAAAACGACUACGGACCUGGAGACAACGGUCAAGACAGAUACAAGUACUGAGACUACAGUGACAACGGAUUGGCAGACACAAACAUAUACUUCAUACAUCACGGAAACAACAUCAUUGCCUGGUACCACCCUAACUGCGAAUGGAACAACGAUCACAAUGCCUCCGGUCACGGUCGUCAACACCUUUACAACAGUCUUUACGACUACUGAAAAAGUCACUGACACCGAAACUGCGACGGCGACAACAACGGCUACCACUACUUCUGUCACAACUACAAUUUCUGUCUCCACAGCCACGAGAGAUGUGACUCGGACCUCCACUGUUACCGAUUGGAAGACAACUGUUACCCCAAUAUUCAUCACAAAGACCACAAUAAAAUAUAUUCCUACAACUAAGCUUUUGACUACUACAAAGUCAAAGACAAUAGUAUCAAGCGAGUAUAUCACGACAAGCGUCUUAGUAACAGUAUUGACAACCCUCACAUCUCAAACGACGCUUACCACCAAGGAGACUUAUCUUAGCACUAUCACUGAGAAGACCACUGAGAGGAUCACCGAGAAGUUCACCGACACAACCACCGCAACAGAGACUAGCACCACAACCGCAAUAAGCGUUGUAACCUCAGUUACCACAUCUGAAACAACUUACUAUUCUCCUACGACGGUUUAUCAGACUACGGUAGAAACUCUGCUAGGGACAACAAUUACGACAAGUUAUCCUGUGACAACAAGUGUUCUGGUGACUGAUACGGAGACAUUCACGACCAUUCGCACAGUUUUCCAAGAUGUUUAUAUUACGAUUGAUAGACCUGUUACUACCACUGAAAGGUAUACUAGCACAACGACUGCCACAAGUAUGGUGACUUCAGUUGUUACUUCAGAGACCACUUAUUUCGUCCCGACAACCCUAUACUCCACAUUCACAACGACUACGCAACUCCCAGGAACAACAGUCGUUCUCACCACAAGCUAUCCGGUAACUACAAGCGUUUUGGUAACCGAUUUUGAGACAUAUACAACAGUUCAGACUGUCUUCCAAGAUGUGCUUAUCACAAUUGACCGACCGGUCACCACAACUGAGAGGAUUACAACCACCACACCUGUCACAUUGACUGAGACUGAGAGAAUCACAACUACAACUCCGGUGACAGUUACUGAAAGUUAUACUAGUUUCGCAACUGUAACAACUGUGGCGACCUCAGUUGUCACUUCUGAGACAACGUACUGGUCCUCUACAACCCUUUUCUCCACAGCUACAACCACACUCCCAGGAACAACAAUCAUCUCAAGUUAUCCUGUCACUACCAGCGUCCUUGUGACACGUACCGACACAACCACAAGAACCGACACUCUCACUCGAACCGACACACUCACGGCAACCGAGACUCUGACCCGGGAUGUUCUAGUGACAAUUGAUCGACCUAUCACUAUCGAUCGCCCUGUCACUAUCGAUCGCCCAGUAACGAUUACAAACCUUGUAGAGGUGGAGAUUAUUAUCACUAGGCCAGUGACUAUCGAAGUGCCAACUACGACAACAAGUGUGGUCACUAGUGUUGUAACGACAGUUGAGACCAUGCCAGGAACAACUGUUACUAGGAGUUUCACAACUACUGACACUUUGGUGGUGACAACGACAAGUGUUGAAACUACCACCACUGCCACUGAUACUACUACGGCCACAGACACUACUACCGCCACAGACACUACUACGGCCACAGACACUACUACCGCCACAGACACUACUACCGCCACAGACACUACUACGGCCACAGACACUACUACGGCCACAGACACUACUACGGCCACUGAUACCACGACAGCAGUGACUACGGCUACCACCUCGCUAUUAUUUACUACUACACUACCAGGCACGACAAUUACCCAAACUCUUCCUGCAGAAACAGUGAUAAGUACACUUCCAGGUAUCGUGACUACAAUCACGGGCCCGGGUACCACUGUGACAAGCACCCUACCAGGAAUAGUAACAACCACAACACUUCCACCCGUCGUCACAACAUUUACCUCACCACCAAUCACAACUACAAUCGAGCUUCCCGGCCUUACACGCACUGUAACAGAAACAUGUACCCGCCGUGCAGCUCCAACUAGCUCGACCAUUAUUGUCCCGAACGACUAUACCUUUGGUUGUGCACCGGGCUAUAUCUGCUCGCCCGUUGACCGCUGUGAAAGCGAACCAGCCCCAGAGCUUGGGUAUGUCUGUCAGCCGUCGGAAUGUGUGGAGGCACCACCGGUUUGCCCAGUGACCGAUUGGGGUGUUCCGGUUUAUUCCAACGAGAUUGGGGUGUGGCCAAUUCAACUGCCGUACUAUCCUCUUGACCCGACCUUGUUUGGAUUGACGGAUGCGAUUUUCGUGAUUGAGGAUACAGGAUAUAUGAAGAGAUCUGUUGGUGGCCUUAUGAGUAUGGAAUUUGAGCUGGAAGAAAGGCAAACGGAUGAGUCGGUGUCGCAAAUUUCUGUUUGUUACGAUGACUGCGGUAACGCAUACACCGAUGCCCAGAGCGCUGUGUAUCAAUUUUCACUCCGAGACCCCGAGACUGCGGCGAAAGCAUACGCGGUGUCAAUUGCGGAUAUUGACCAGUACCUUAACUUCUGUAACGAGAACUACCCAGUGUCUAGUAGUGCUAGCGCUGCUCCUUCGACAACAUCAAGUACUACGGGAGCAGUCUUUACUCCGCUUCCACAGGUGACUGGUAGUGAAUCUAGUAGCUCAACGACAACCACGAGAAGCAGUAGUACCACUUCUACAACUAUUAGCUCAACCAGUACGACAUCCUCUUCCUCUUCCUCGAGAACCCCGAGUAGUAGCUCCACUACUUCUGCUUCUUCCUCUUCGACUGGCUCUUCUUCGUCCGCGUCUUCGUCUGCCCCUGCGUCAUCAACAGUAGUUAUAAGUUCAUCAGCUACAACCAGCUCUUCAACGACCACUGCUACAAGUUCCAAUUCAAGUUCAUUCUCAGAUGCCCCUACCUCCACUACUACCAACACAAAUACGACCCGGACUGGUGUAGAGCUUGCCAGCACCAAUAAUUCUAGUGGUCCGUCGCAUAAUAUGGGUGGACUAGCACUCUUGUUGUUUGUGACUUUGAUUUUCCUUAAUAUGUGA